AUGAUGCAGAUGCCCAAAGGCGUUUCUCCUGCGUCUGGUCGAGGUGCUGUAGGGGGAUUGUCGUGUUCGCAGAAGAAAGUUUUGUCCGGAGUGAAGACCGAGUUCUUCAGCACCGGGUUAUCCAGUCCACCGAUGAACUCGGUACCGGCUGGAUACUUUACCCAAAUAUGCAACACGACAGCAGUGGAACAAAGGGCGAACUGCCUGUAUGCAACCCCCCAUGGACCCGAAGCUAAACCAAUCAGAUCAUCCUCCGGUCGUCUCCCGGUAAGACUUCGUAAACAAAGGAUGAUGCAACUACCACCAAUCGAUAUAACAGUUAGCUAUCCACUUGAUAAUUUACGUUACUAACUAUGCAAUGUGUCAUAUUAUAUGGGCAAAAUAUUCCAGUUCCAAUGGCAUGCAUAUAUUUAUCGGAGUUGUGCAGUGCUUGACAUUUAAAAAGUGUUGGACAUGAUCAGGCAACGUCAUGGAAUCAGUGUGCACUUUGUGUCCAAUGAACGGGUUGUCAUCUUUUCGCCCAGCUUGAGAAACGAUUUUGAGUCCGUGACAUUUCUCCCGCAGCACAGCUGUAUUAGACACAGAUGGUUAGGGGAGUUGAGUGUUUGGGGGGGGCCCUCAGUGGGGGGUUAGCCAGGACUGGGGGUAUCACUGAAUUCAACAAUGCCUGGCUCUAAUUUCACCCCUAUUUGGAGAGGGAGAUUUCUCUUUCUAAAUGUCCAUUUAUAGUUAAAUGAAUGAGAAAAUGCUCCAUCUGGACAGGGAACUUAUUUCCUAAUGUCCAUCCAGGCAAUACCAGUAAUCUGCACAAAAUGCUAUUUAGCUUAACACAUUGUUUAGCCAUAGCCCCCAGCUGUCACUAACCAAGCCAUACCUCACCUUGACUAACCAAGCAAUAAUGUCACCUUGUCUGAAUUGUUCCUGCCUGCUCACCUCAUACAACCCGUUUGUGUCCAUUCACAAAGGUCACAGGUCACAGCUGGACAACCACUUACUUUUCUUGUGAGUUUACAUAAUUGUUAUGUUCAUGUGAGGAAGCUCUGAAGCCACACACACAAGUAGUGGUAGCAGUGGUAGUAGUAGUAGAGGUAGUAGUAGUAGUAGUAGUAGUCGUAGCAGUAGUAGUAUUCGUAGUAGUAGUAGUAGUCUUGGGAGAUAGGGAGAUAAUGAUAUGUUGCUGAUUAACACACACACAGCAUUCAGUGUGUCUGUGUGUUCAGGCUAAAUAUUGACUAGAGUGGGGACUACUCCAAUGCUUUAAUAAAAUGAAAUGACAUUAACUAGGCUAGUCACGUGACUGGGCUAAUGCAAUUCCCAUUGUGUACUACUCUCCAUUGUCCUAAUGUCAGCUUCCUAUUCAUUGCCCCUCUCUAUCCUACUGUUAGGAUUAGGGCCAUGAGUUUUUUCUGACCAGAAAAAAAAAAGUUUUUAUAAAACUAUUUACUACUAGGUUACAACUAGUGAUCAAAUACAAUUUUUAAUUAAAAAAAACAAAUUAUUCAUCACAUUCUUCGUAAACAACAGUGAUCGCAUAUAACUAGGGCCCAGAGUUUUUCCUUGUCGGGUCAAGUUGUCACUCCUGGCCCUAGUUAUGAUAAACAACAAAAUAUCAGCCUUUGCAGGCAAUAAAGCACAGUGGGAAGAGAGGCUGUAUUUGCCCUGGAAACUGCAGAGUGAUAGGCUUAUGAGCAAAAACUGUUGAAAAUAUUGUUGGGGGUUGAAAAUACGUAUUUUCAAUGUCUGGUGCUCACUGAUCAUCAGAAGAAGCAUUGGAGCAGAACAUCCUCCUGCCCUGCUACUUGUAAACACUGCUGUGAAGGAUCCAUUUUCUUCUCCCUGUACAGUCAACAACAUGCCAAAGUUAUUCUCCUUGCGUGGGAGUAGAAUUAACCUGAAAUAUGGGUCACUCACAGACACUUCACAGAUAGUCAUGGAUACUUCAAACUUGGCCGAGGCAAAAGCAAAUGGGGUGUGUCCCAAACGGCGCCCCAUUCCCUACAUACUUUUUUUAUUUAUUUUUUAUUUCACCUUUAUUUAACCAGGUAAGCCAGUUGAGAACAGGUUCUCAUUUACAACUGCGACCUGGCCAAGAUAAAGCAAAGCAGUGCAAUAAAAACAACACAGAGUUACAUAUGGGGUAAAAAACAUAAAGUCAAAAAUACAACAGAAAAUAUAUUUACAGUGUGUGCAAAUGUAGCAAGUUAUGGAGGUAAGGCAAUAAAUAGGCUAUAGUGCAAAAUAAUUACAAUAGUAUUAACACUGGAAUGCUAGAUGUGCAAGAGAUUAUGUGCAAAUAGAGAUACUGGGGUACAAAUGAGCAAAAUAAAUAACAAUAUAGGGAUGAGGUAGUUGGGUGGGCUAAUUUCAGAUGGGCUGUGUACAGGUGCAGUGAUCGGUAAGGUGCUCUGACAACUGAUGCUUAAAUAAAUAAACUUCACUGCUUUUGACCAGAGACCUAUGAGUUAGUAGUACACUAUAUAGGGAAUAGGGUGCCAUUUGGGACGUGGUCACGUGCCGUACUACUAUAGAUAACUUGAGAGGAUAUAUCCCCACUGUGUAAUAUUUAUAGUGGUUGCUGUGAUGUUUGAGUGAUUUGCGAGGCCACAAGCUGUAACAUUGUCACUGCGUUUCCUGUGAGGGUGAUACUACUACUAACUCGUAAAUGUUUGAUAGAACUUUGCUCCCCAGUUGAAAAACAGGACAGAAGGUCAAGGAUUUCAGUUUGACACAUAUACAGGAGGUUAAAGUUCACAAUAGGUGGGGAUAUAACACAUCAUGAGGGAAGUUUUGAGUAGACAAUUGCGUUUAUACAUGCACAUUGAGUGACCCUGUGAGAUGGAUUGAGGCUUAGGCUAGAACCUUUAACCUUAACCUUUAACCCCUUUACGGUUCUAGAAGAGAAUAUUAUCUCAAAUGUGUUAUUAUGAUAAUUACAUUUACAUUUUUAGCAGACGCUCUUAUCCAGAGCGACUUACAGUUUAGUGAGUGCAUACAUUUUUCAUAUUGGGAAUCGAACCCACAACCCUGGCGUCGCAAGUGCCAUGCUCUACCAACUGGGCUACAGGAGGCCAUAAUUAAUAAAACUGUGUGUUAUGUAAAAUGUGUAAUGGAGUUCUCCACGAUGCAGGCCUAGUUACAUAGGUUUCCGAGACAUGCUAGCUACCCCCUGAUCCCCCUCACAUGUCACUUCCUCAUGUCGUCAUUGCCUACGCCCUCACCAUCUCUGGGACCCCCAUGGUGAGCCCCUAUUCCGACUAGGGCUCAGGGUGCCGGGGUGUGAGAUUGCCCACUUUGUGCCUUGUUUACACUCCAGCCAAAGGCUCUCUUCCCCCCUUCUCUUUUUGGCCUGCCCUAGGCCCCACUCCGACCCACAAGCUAUCAUGCUCCCCUCAAUGGGGUUUGUUUAGCAUUUCAAAGUCCACACCAAAUGGACCUUCUCUCCCUUCGGCACCUUGACAAUGUCAUCAGCAAUGCAGCUCAACCUUUUCAUUGUUGUACCUCUGACUCCCAGUCCCAUGGUUGUAGGUAGGAAUAUGCUAGGUUUUGAAUGGAUCUUUUUGUCUUUUUUUUGUCAGACAUAUUGAAACUUGUCCCUACCUGGGAAGACUGGUUCUACAUAAUUGAACUGGGUCAUAUUCAUUAGGGCAAAGCGUAGCAAAAGUUUUACAAUGGAAACCAAAAACUAGCCUUUUGUUUUGCAUAAGUUUGGGUAGUCCCUCCCGGUUUCCUUCUGUUUGUUGACUAAUGAAUACAACCCUGGUGUUUGAAGAGAGAGACGGUAACUAGGCUAGCUAACAAGACCGGGGCGGCAGGUAGCUUAGUGGUUAAGAGCGUUGUGCCAGUAACCGAAAGGUCUCUGGUUCUAAUCCCCGAGCUGACUAGGUGAAAAAUCUGUCGAUGUGCCCUUGAGCAAGGCACUUAACCCUAAUUGCUCCUGUAAGUCGCUCUGGAUAAGAGCGUCUGCUAAAUGACUAAAAUGUAAAAAUGUAAAAUGUUGAAAGCCUUUGCUUCAUGUGACCCAUAUUUGUGAAAUGCCUCUGAAAAAUUUCCAGUCAUAUCUGGUGAAAUGGUGGGAGUUGAAUGGGAGGGUUGGGUCAUGGGUGGGUGGGUGGAAGGAGAGCUGAACUCGUGCAUAUUUAGGGUGUAGCCAAGUCGCUGUGGGGCAAUAAUGGCUGUAGGUUGAAACACUAUAAUUUACUGUGUCAUGUAGAUAAAGAAGGUAUUGUGAAGGAGGGACUCAGUGUAUUUAAAUGCCUGGCAAUGGCCUACUAAUAAUGUGUUGACAAUUGCUGUAGUGAGCUGUUAACUCACUAUGUUUGAGCUCAACAUUCUUUUAGCUACUGUUAGUGUCUGUGUCUCUCGUUCUGUUCUGUAGCUCUUUGUACAUUACUUAGUGUUGUUAGCAUUUGUUGGUUGAGUAUUUUUUUUGACCCCCGCGGUAUGUUAGCUGACAAAUAGGAUUUGUUUUUUCACUCAUCAAACUGUUUGCAAAGCGCUGGUCCUCUGUAGCUCAAUUGGUAGAGCAUGGCGCUUGUAAUGCCAGGGUAGUGGGUUUGAUCCCAGGGACCACCCAUACGUAAAAAUGUAUGCACACAUGACUGUAAGUCGCUUUGGAUAAAAGCGUCUGCUAAAUGGCAUAUUAUUAUUAUUACAAAACCUCACUACAAACUCACAGAAAUUGGCCCAGCGUCGUCCGGGUUUGGCCGGUGUAGGCCGUCAUUGUAAAUAAGAAUUUGUUCUUAACUGACUUGCCUAGUUAAAUAAAGGUAAAAUAAAAUAAAAUAAAACAGGACUCAGCUGAGUCUCUGCAAAGCUGCUGGGCAAAACAGGUUAAAUGUUAAAGGAGGAGGUCCACAGUGCUGUCAACAACACACGGUUGCCAUUUUAACCACCACAUGUCAUGUGAUCCGAUCUAUAUAUGACAGUUACAUGUCAAAGUGUCACAUUUUAAUCCGUGAGGUGGUCUGAAAAGGUCUUAAAAAGGUCCAAUGCAGACAUUUUUAUCUCAAUAUCAAAUUAUUUCUGUGUAACAAUUAAGUACCUUACUGUGAUUGUUUUAAAUUAAAAUGGUCAAAAAUGAACAAAAAUAGUUUCUUAGCAAAGAGAACAUUUCUCAAGCAAGAAUUUUGCUAGAACUGUCUGGGAGUGGUCUGAGUGGGGAGGGGAAAACUGAAAACUAGCUGUUAUUGGCAGAGAGGUUUGGAACUCUCUUUCUAAUUGGUCUAUUAACUAAGUUACCGCCUGGUGAUUCCAAAACUCCAUCCCACCAAAACAGGCUGUUAUUUCAGGCAGUCUUUUCUAACAGCUCUUACACUAAAAGUGCAUUAUCAUCAUUUCCACUAUUUCACAGUAUUAUUCCAACAUCAUAGUGUGGAAAUAUAUAUAAAACAUAAGAAAAUCACAUUUUUGACUGCACUGGGCCUUUAACCGUGUGUCUCCUCAAUCCUCCCUCUAGGCGGUGUCUCUUUAUCCAUUUCCUUCCUCUUGAUUGGUCAAAAGGAGAAGUCAUAUCUUAAUGCAGGUUGAACAAUUUGGAGGGGAACAAACCAGUCCACUACUAGUCAAUAAAACAAACAUUAGCCUAUAUAAUUACAAAUGUAUUGUUACCAUAAGUAGCACUGGUAGACUACAAAUGUUUGCUUCACUACCAAAUUGCUGUAACUAAAAUCGAAACACGUGAUUGGUUGUGAUGGUGACGGUGAUACAGUACAGUAAAUAGACUAUGUAGUAGGCGAAGUUAGUGUGGUGCCCCUAAAGUGAACCUGUGUGUGUUUUUCUAUGUUUCCUAUAAGGAUCAGGCAGGUUCUCUUGUGGUCUCCCUGCCACCUGCUGUGUGUGGCUGUCCCAGAUGUCACUGACAGACGGUUGGACAUGUGUUGGAGGACAGAGCGACAAUGACACCCUUCUUCACCCACGCCAUGGUUCAGUCCAAAUCCACAAGCUGCUCACAUUCUCUAGCCUCCUCUCAGGGCCUAUAUUCAUAAAUAAUAAUAUAAUAAUAUGCCAUUUAGCAGACGCUUUUAUCCAAAGCGACUUACAGUCAUGUGUGCAUACAUUUUUACGUAUGGGUGGUCCCGGGGAUCGAACCCACUACCCUGGCGUUACAAGCGCCAUGCUCUACCAAUUGAGCUACAGGGGAGGAGUGUUGGUUUAGGAUCAGUUUAUCCUCUUAAUAAGUAACCUUACAUGGACAGAGGGGACUUGAUCCUAGAUCCGCACUCCUACUCUGAGACACAUUAUGAAUACAGACCCAGAUCUACUGAAGUACGGUAUGGUUUACAUAGGACCAGGAGUUUUUCCUGACCCUGUGUAAUAACAGGAAACCUCUGGACCUAUAGCCUCCUAUGUAUGGUCUGCAGUAUGGGAAGACCUUAGCUGCUUUUCCAGAAUCUCCCAUGUCAGUUUAUAGCCUCUCCAUGGUUACAACAUGGUGAGAAAAGAGAACCAGUGCAGUUAAGACCAUAGUUGAAAGUUAAAACAACAGUAGUUAAAACUACGAAUGAGUACUUAUGAAAACUACGAAUGAGUACCUAUACCUCUGUGUAUCUAGUUGUACUGUAAUGACCUCACUUGGUAGUCGUACACAGGGUUUAUUGCAGCGCCAGGUCAUGACACGCGUCACAUAGCCUAGUUUUAUCACACAGAGUGAUUUAUACCCCAUGCUGCAGUAUGGGGGUGUUCUGUAGUCAUUAACAGCAUCACUGGCCCCCUAACAUAGUAGGGUCGUAUCUGUGAGAGGGGUAAGAGACGAAGGGGGGAGAGAUUGAGAAAAUGGGAAAGGGAGAAAGAGGGGGAGAGAGGGAAGGAGGGAGGGAUAAAGAGAGAGAAAGAGGGAGGGAGGGAUAAAGAGGGAGAGAGAAAGAGAGAAGGAGGGAGGUGUGCCUCCAAGCAGCAGGUACUAAUUACAUAGUGCAUGACCAUCUGGAUGGAAUCCUAUGCCUCGUUAGGUACUUCAGUCAGGAGUGUGUGUGUAGAGUUUUUUUUUUUAGAGGUGGUGUGUGUUGGGGAUGGGGGUCUUGCAGUUUGGGGACAACGGUGCACUGUACAGGUCUGGUAGUGGUGAAUAAAUGUGUUGUACAGGUCUGGUAGUGGUGAGUAAGACUACAGGUCUGGUAGUGGUGAGUAAGACUACAGGUCUGGUAUUGGUGAGUAAGACUACAGGUCUGGUAGUGGUGAGUAAGACUACAGGUCUGGUAGUGGUGAGUAAGACUACAGGUCUGGUAGUGGUGAGUAAGACUACAGGUCUGGUAGUGGUGAGUAAAGACUACAGGUCUGGUAGUGGUGGAGUAAGACUACAGGUCUGGUAGUGGUGAGUAAGACUACAGGUCUGGUAGUGGUGAGUAAGACUACAGGUCUGGUAGUGGUGAGUAAGACUGCAGGUCUGGUAGUGGUGAGUAAGACUACAGGUCUGGUAGUGGUGAGUAAGACUACAGGUCUGGUAGUGGUGAGUAAGACUACAGGUCUGGUAGUGGUGAGUAAGACUACAGGUCUGGUAGUGGUGAGUAAUACUGCAGGUCUGGUAGUGGUGGUAAGACUACAGGUCUGGUAGUGGUGAGUAAGACUACAGGUCUGGUAGUGGUGAGUAAGACUACAGGUCUGGUAGUGGUGAGUAAGACUACAGGUCUGGUAGUGGUGAGUAAGACUACAGGUCUGGUAGUGGUGAGUAAGACUGCAGGUCUGGUAGUGGUGAGUAAGACUACAGGUCUGGUAGUGGUGAGUAAGACUACAGGUCUGGUAGUGGUGAGUAAGACUACAGGUCUGGUAGUGGUGAAUACAUGUGUUGGACGUGUGUGUAUAGGUGGUCUUGUUCAUUUGUGUGUGUGUGUGUGUGUGUGUGUGUGUCCAUAACAGAGUGUGUGUCCAUAACAGAGUGUGUGUCCAUAACAGAGUGUGUGUCCAUAACAGAGUGUGUGUCCAUAACAGAGUGUGUGUCCAUAACAGAGUGUGUGUCCAUAACAGAGUGUGUGUCCAUAACAGAGUGUCCAUAACAGAGUGUGUGUCCAUAACAGAGUGUCCAUAACAGAGUGUGUGUCCAUAACAGAGUGUGUGUCCAUAACAGAGUGUCCAUAACAGAGUGUGUGUCCAUAACAGAGUGUGUGUCCAUAACAGAGUGUGUGUCCAUAACAGAGUGUGUGUCCAUAACAGAGUGUGUGUCCAUAACAGAGUGUGUGUCCAUAACAGAGUGUGUGUCCAUAACAGAGUGUGUGUGGUAGCAGUGGACCUCCUAGUAGGUGUGUGUGUGUAUUGGUCUUGGUCAGGUGACCUACUGAUUGAGAAGGCCUCGUGCAAAGAGUGUGAUCUGUGAUGGUUGGGAUUGGACAGGCUGCCUGUGUGUUCACUGGAGAAAGGAAUGGGCUAAAGAAGGAGUGAGGGGUAAUGGGUGAGAGGAGGAGGGGGGAUGGGGGUGGUGAGACCCCACACACACACACACUCUCCCCCUUUAAGGCGUCAACAUGCUUCAGUUGGACUGGUACCUAGCCUAGGAGAACCGAGCAAGUGUUCACUCACACUCCCAUGAAAAACAAGAAAAUUGCAGCAAUAGUACUGUUUGUCCAUUUUGAGACGCCGUAGCCGGUAUAAACUUCCUCAAAAUAGUCAGAAUGUAUUUAAGAUAACUCAAGUGUGUUUGCGGAGGAGAUCUUAGUCAAGCAAUUUUGCAUCUGACUAGGAUGUUUGGUGCGGUAUUUCUCAAAUGAAAAAAUGUGCUUAAGGAAGAGUCGUCUCUCGUUGAAUUACAACAGGCACUUACUUCAUUGAAGAAUCCUUACUUUUGACCAAUCUCCGACAAGGGGGCGUAGACUUCAGCUACCGACUUUGGCUUGCCCAAACAGCCCAAAAGAAAGUCAAAAACGAACAAAAACGUCACAAAAUAUCGUCAUAAUAUAAUAUGCAGGAACUGUUCCGAACUGUUUCUGCUGGGAAGCAUGUGGACGCCUUUAGAAGUCUUUGACAAUGUGAGGGCCGUUAGAAGUAUUUGACAAUGUGAGGGCUUGUGAGGGCCGUUAGAAGUCUUUGACAAUGUGAGGGCAUGUGAGGGCCUUUAGAAGUCUUUGACAAUGUGAGGGCCGUUAGAAGUCUUUGACAAUGUGAGGGCCGUUAGAAGUCUUUGACAAUUUGGGACACAUACCCAGUCUCAAGCUGUCUUUAACCCCUUUGUCCCCCCUCAUAGGCCAAGAGGAAGCUGGACUUGGAGGACCCUCUCUACCUCCCUGACUUCAGGACCCUUAAAGGAAAGGGGAGUGUGGCUGCAGCCAGUCUCCCAAGUCCCAAAAGUGAGUGUCUGCAUCAAUGAGAAAAAGCACUGCCCCCUACUUUAACGUUUGAUCAUAAGCACUGCCCCAUACCUUAACGUUUGAUCAUAAGCACUGCCCCAUACCUUAACCUUCUUCAUAAGCACUGCCCCAUACCUUAACCUUCUUCAUAAGCACUGCCCCCUACCUUAACCUUAUUCAUAAGCACUGCCCCAUACCUUAACUUUCUUCAUAAGCACUGCCCCAUACCUUAACCUUCUUCAUAAGCACUGCCCCAUACCUUAACCUUCUUCAUAAGCACUGCCCCAUACCUUAACCUUCUUCAUAAGCACUGCCCCCUACCUUAACCUUCUUCAUAAGCACUGCCCCAUAUCUUAACCUUCUUCAUAAGCACUGACCCAUACCUUAACCUUCUUCAUAAGCACUGCCCCAUACCUUAACCUUCUUCAUAAGCACUGCCCCAUACCUUAACCUUCUUCAUAAGCACUGCCCCAUACCUUAACCUUCUUCAUAAGCACUGCCCCAUACCUUAACUUUCUUCAUAAGCACUGCCCCCUACCUUAACCUUAUUCAUAAGCACUGCCCCAUACCUUAACAUUUGAUCAUAAGCACUGCCCCCUACCUUAACCUUAUUCAUAAGCACUGCCCCCUACCUUAACGUUUCUUCAUUCUCAAAUAAGGGAGAGGUUGCAUAAAGCGACACAACAUGAUCAUCCAUCCUUCCAUCCACCCAUCCAUCCAUCAUCCGUCCAUCCAAAUGUACACCUCAAUACACAAGCUAAAUGCAGAUCUUACCCAGUCUAUAUCCCUAUAUACAGAUAUGAUCCUACAUGUAUUACCUAGAUUAAAAACAGGCGUAUCAUAAUUCCCCUGCUGCUGCAUUCGCCAACCACGUCUCUCUUGUAUGACCUAUGACCCUCAGCGCCCAAGUCUCCCGGUGAGCGGACGCGCUACGACACAUCCCUGGGUCUGCUGACCAAGAAGUUUGUUGGCCUGCUGAGCGAGUCACCUGACGGCGUGCUGGACCUCAACUGGGCCACCGAGGUCCUUGAGGUGCAGAAGAGACGCAUCUAUGACAUCACCAAUGUGCUGGAGGGCGUGCAGCUCAUCCGCAAGAAGUCCAAGAACAACAUCCAGUGGUUGUGAGUAGCACACUAAGGAGAAGUGGACAAGUACACUUGGGAGACGUACACUCAGGAUGAGUCGCAUUAGGACAAGUACACUUAGGAAAGUAUCCCUAGAACAAGUACCUACUCAUCGCUGGGUCUAAUUCCAAAUCACGCCCCUAGCCCCUAAUCCUGGGUGUUUUUGGGUUAACAAUAUGGUAAUAGGAUCAAACCUUACCUGACCAUAACCUGUACCGUGACAUACAGAUCCUAUUCAGCGUGUUUGAGGCAAUCAGUAGUUUGAGCAAAGCAUGGCACAGAAACAAUAAUAUACCUGACUGCAAUGUAGGCCAUCUCAAACACGUACAUUGUCUAGCAGCUCCUGGUGGCUCAUAAUGUAAAAUAUGUGUCCGUUGCCUCCCAGGGUGGGUGGCGUGUUCGAGGGCUCGGCCAGCAGCGGGGAGAAGUCACGCGCUCUGCGGCGGGAGCUGGGUGAGCUGGAGAGGGCUGAGAAGGCCCUGGAUGACCUGAUCACGUCCAGCAGUGCCCAAAUCAAGGAGCUGACCGAACACAGAGACAACCAGCGGCUAGGCUACGUUACCUACCAGGACAUCAGAUCUAUAGCCCGUCUGCAGGACCAGACGGUCAUCGCUGUCAAGGCCCCGUCAGAAACCAAGCUGGAGGUCCCAGAGUCCUCAGAGGUGAGUGGUCAACGGUCAUAGAUAUACGGAGCUGGCCGUUAGCGUUUCGUUAACACUGGAGCUGAUCGGCUAGCCUAUUUCUGCUUUCGUUUAAGAAAUGAAAAAAGACAAGGAGUAAAGUAUUACAAAUCAGACUGAUGUAGUUCCUGAUAUAUGAUAUACUGUAUUAUACUGUUUUACAUUGAUAUAUAGUUCCAGGUCCAUAUAAAUAAAGGCGUAGAUCAGCGUUUCCCAAACUUGGUCCUCGGAACCCCAAGGGGUACACGUUUUGUUUUUUGCCCUAACACUACACAACUAAUUCAAAUGAUCAAAGCUUGAUGAUGAGUUGGAUAUUUGAAUCAGCUGUGUAGUCCUAGGGCAAAAAUUAAAAUGUGCACCCAGGGGGGGCCCCAGGACUGAGUUUGGGAACCCCUGGUGUAGGAGGAUGUACCGAACAUUCUCACCAAACCAUUUAAUGUGGUGUCCUCCAUUACAACUACUUCUAUUACAGCCCAUGUCUUAUCUUGAGGAAGGACCCGUUUUGCAAUUACUGCAUUACUAAACUACUUAUUGGACAACUACAGCUGUAUUUGUGAAUUCAUUCUGUGAAUGUACUAGGCUUUGUAUAAUGAUGUUUUUUAUAAUGACCUUAACUAAAUGUAUUUCCACACAGGUUGUAUUGGCCUCACUGUAUAUAAUACAGUUACAGGCAACACUUUACAUUACGUUGCUUUUAUACCGUGAUUAAAUGAGUAACAACAUUGUAUUAACAUGACCUUCCCGUUGUCCCGUACCCUCAGGGCUCCCAACAGAUCUACCUGAAGAGUAAGAACGGCCCCAUCGAGGUGUACCUCUGUCCCGAGGAGGGCCUGGAGGAUGCCAGCCCCGUCAAGAGCACCACCACCCCCAGGAAAGACUACCCUCAUCACCCUCUGGGUCACACUGCCACCACCUCCCCGGCCAUGGCGCCAACACAGUGCACCACCAUCAAACAGGAGGUCAAGCAGGAGCCCAUAGAGGGUAAGCUGAACUGGGGGGCUUGUGUUUGAUACAGCCGGGGUCCACAUGAUGUGCUUUACUGACCUAAUAUAUCUCUCUCUCUCUCUCUCUCUCUCUCUCUCUCUCUCUCUCUCUCUCUCUCUCUCUCAGCUGAACUCUCCAGACCAACACCAGUGAGCAGUAGCACUACCCUCCUGGACGUAGAAGGUCUCCUGGGCCUGCCACCCAGCAUGCUCCAAAUGACAGAAGACCAGCUCGCGGGACCCGUGUUCACCCCAGACCCCAAUGCCCCCUUCGUCAGCUUCUCGCCGGCCCUCGACAACGACUACCUAUGGGGGCUGGAGGACAGCGAGGGUGUGUCCGACUUCUUCGACACCUACGACCUGGGAGACCUGCUCCGAAGCUGA